AUGCUCAAUCUCGUUCCGGUGCAUAAAAAAUCUCUUAGAGAUAUUUCACCGCUGCCGCUGGUGGCAUUCACGGUAGACCCGGACGACCAGCUUGUCUGUGCGUUCGAGAUAGAUGGGAUAGUUGAAAUAUGCGUGCGCAACUUCCAUAAUGGCGAGGAAUGGCAGCAUUUCGAACAAUGGCCUACCGAGAGUGAGAUCCUCACUAUCAUGGCUGAUCUAGAUGGGGUUGUUUGCGUUCUGAAAAAUGGUGACAUUGUAGAAGUAACCAGCGAAGGUGCGUCUAUUCUUGGUGGUCUUGACACUCCGGUUUUGGCUGCUCAGUGGUCCUCAGAUCAAGAAGUCUUGUGCCUAGUAGUUGCAAACAAGAUCUUGAUGCUCAGUCGUCAAUUCGAUAUGAUGGGUGAAUUUGAGUUCUCUGCAGACGAUUUGAAGCUCAGCAAACAUGUUUCAGUAGGGUGGGGCAAGAAAGAAACCCAGUUCCAAGGUAAAGGUGCCCAUGCUUUGCGAGACCCCACAAUGCCUGAGAAAGUGGAUAGUGGAAUUCUCUGCGAUAACGACAGGGGCGACGUUCAGAUUUCGUGGCGAGGAGAUGGUAUGUUUGUGGCUGUAUCUGCUAUCGAAAGCAACAGACGGGUGUUUAGGAUUUUUGAGCGAGACGGAACUUUGUUUUCUGUUUCUGAGCCCUGUGACUACUUGGAUAGUCUUCUUUCUUUCCAGCCUCGUGGUGCUGUGAUUGCUGCAGUUCAGCAAACCCCUCAUCAGAUCGUGUUUUUUGAGAAGAAUGGUCUGAGAAGAUACGAGUUCGCUUUGCAAGAUGACACCGUUCUUGGUCUAGACUGGAGUUCUGAUUCUGAGGUUUUGGCGGUGAGAUAUGCCAGUCACGUUGAUCUGUGGACGCAAAAGAAUUACCAUUGGUACCGCAAAUCAAUUAUUUCGGAGCCCAACCUAUCCACCGUCUCGCUGAUGUGGCACCCUGUGUUGCCUAGGACUUUGUUGAUUCAAUGGAACAACAGUAGCAUCGGUACUUACUCGUUUGUGAGCUCUUUUGCAGAGCAUAAUGGCACAGUAGCUGUUAUUGAUGGCGACAAGAUUUUGGUUACCGAUCUUUCAAAAGUAGUUAUCCCUCCCCCGCUCUCGCAACGCCAAGUCGAAGUAGCUGGUCCCACAAACGUUGCAGUGGGGGAUGCCAAGCUGGCAGUUGCGACAAACUCAACAAUCGAGGUCAUUGGUGACUCCAAAACCUCAGUGGCAGUUGAAGGUACCCCUCAACUUGUGGCAUUUUCGACGACAGGGCUUCUAGGAUACACAUCCUCUACUGAGCAGGGAACUCAAUUCGUUGUUGAAGGUCAAAUUCCCCUCGCAUCAGAGAUUAUUACAUUAAUUCCUGACUUUUUCCAAACUCAAAAUGGCGAUAUUUUCACGUGGUCAGGUGCCAAAGUUGCGAGCUUUGGGCGUCCUUGUCCCCGAUUUGUUGCAGCCAACGAAACAAAGUUCUUUGGACUCACGAGGUCAAACCAGCUUUUAUGCGCUAAUGCUAACGGCCACACGCAAACCCUAGGCCAGGGUGUCACGUCCAUUGCGGUGGCUAGUCCCAGUCUGCUCCUGCUAACCACAAUGAAUUACCUCAAGUUUGUCCAUCUCCACACUCCGGAGCUCGUUAUUCCUGAAGACGACAAUGACAGUGAACAAGUCCGAAUGAUUGAGCGUACUUCUAUUUUGGUUUCUGUUUUGCCUGCCCAAAUGUCCGUUAUUCUCGAACACUCCCGCGGUAAUCUCGAGACUGUCUAUCCGCGAAUGUUGGUGGUCAAUGCGGUCCGUCAAAUGAUUGAAAGUAUGGACUACGGGCAAGCCUUCACUGUUUGUCGCAAACACCGGGUAGACUUGAACCUAAUCUACGAUUAUAACACCGAGCAGUUCGAAGCAAAUCUCGAAACCAUCAUUGAGCAGAUUGGCUCUUCUGACCGUAUUGAUCUUUUGAUUUCGAGCCUUCGAGACGAGGAUGUCACAGCUGGUAAAUACCGUGCCACCGAGAACACAGUUGAUUCAAGUGAUAACAAGCGUCCUGGCAAGGUCAACAAGGUGUGCGAUGCACUUUUGCCGUAUCUUGAAACUAGAAGUAAACUCACUGCCCUGGCAUGUAAGGUGCCACCCCAGCUGGAGACGGCACUUGAGCUAUGCCAAGAAGAGAAGGAUAUUCGUCAUCUUUGCUUUUUGACAGACGCGGACCUUCUCUACAACACCGCGCUGGGAAUGUAUGAUCUCAAGCUUGCGUUGGCUGUUGCUCAACAGGCCCAGAAAGAUCCCAAGGAGUACUUGGCAUUCUUAAGGGCUCGUGAAGCUGAGGAAGAAAACCGCCGCAAGUUUACUAUUGACGAUUCUCUCCGUCGGUAUGCAUCCGCAUUGUCUUGGCUGGUUGUCCCAGGCGUCGCUAACGAUGACGAGGUGGUUACGUUCGUGGAAGCUCAUGAACUGCAUACUGAAGCACUGCUACUUCCAGUUAUCGAUGAAAUUUCUGGACGUCGUGAGAGACUGCUUGAAAGCCAAGCAGAAUUGUUGUUACGGCAAGGUGAGUAUGCUGCUGCUGGGCUCAACUACGAGCUGGUCGGCGAUAACCACAAGGCCUUCAGUGCCUAUGUUCGUGCUGGCUCAUGGCAACGUGCCUUGUCUUUGGACUCCACUCCAAGUGGUCUUGAGGAAGUGAGCGAAUCUUUAGUGCGGCAAGAAAAGUGGGCUGCGGCUGCACAGGUCUUCCACUAUUAUCUCCGGGACCCAAUCCAGGCUAUUUCGUACUACUGCAAAGCUUUCCAAUUCGAUGAAGCCUUUUUGUGCUCUAAUCAAAAGAGUGAACUAUUAGAGAGGGUUGAUGACGGCCUCCGCGAACAAUUCGGCUCCAUGCAGGAGCUGUUUGCCGAUUGUGUGGCUCAAAUCAACAGCCAACUAAGACGGUUGCGUGAAGUUCGUGCUCAACGGGCCCAGGACAUGCUGGGAUAUGGUAUGGCCGGAUUGAGCGUGGCAGAUGAUGUAUCUGUCGCUGGUACGGAAACAACUGUCGCUGCAAGUUAUAUGACGCGUUACACUGACAAAACAGGAGGAACCGCCCAGACAGGCGCUUCACGGAGAACACAGAAAAACCGGCGUCGUGAAGAACGAAAGAAAGCGCGUGGAAGAAAGGGUACAGUAUACGAAGAAGAGUAUCUUGUUGCAUCCACAGGGCGCUUGAUUGAUCGUCUUAUUCACGCCCAGCCCGAUGCCAAGCUGUUGGCAGCAGGCCUCAAACGACGGAAGAUGACAGUUCAUUACGAAGAGCUGUUGAGUGGAUUCAAGCAGGUUCGUGGUCUUCUUGAAGCUAACGUCGACGAAAUUUACAAUGUCUCGGACAAAGACCUGGAGAGGUAUAAUGAAGAUGGUGAGCUGUACAUGGCGCCCCGGCCGGUGUGCCCCACCUUGCCUCAAAUGCUGGUAUAA